AUGCCUCAAAAUUUGGACGCUUUGACGGUUCAUGAAAAUGUUGAUUUUGGUACCAAGAGCACUGAUUUUCAGUUUAAGGAUUCGAAUAUUGGAUUCAAAAGCAUCGGAAAACGUCAAGACACAUCUACCAAAAAACAACCAUGCGAUCCAUCAGUAAAUAAAAAGUGUGUUUUCGAAGCCGAUUCAUCAGAUGGAACUUCAUAUUGUAAUAUGGAUGCGAACAAAAAAGACCCGCGUUGCCCAGGGAGUGAACCAGGUGAUAAUUGUCUCAAAAUCACUGAUAAGGACUGUCAUUUCCCACUCAAACAGGAGGAAAUUAAUCAAAAGUGUCAGGAUUUUAAGCAAGAUCACAGGUGUCCGGGAACGAUCUGGUACUGUACUAUCGCACCAAAGCAUGCCGAUAGGAACUUGUGCAAUAAUGUCAAUACAACACAUGAUCCAGAAGUGUGUUAUGCAGCAGGUGAUCCUGCGUGUGUAAAACCUAUCCCACCGACAGCAUCAUAUGGCACGGAUUUCUGCAAAAAGUAUACCAAUGAUUGCCAAUGUUACUCAAUGCGUCUUGGAUUCUUGCCUAUUUAUCCAAACCGCGCACUCUGCAAGUUGCAUCACGCUGAAAUAAAGAAAUGGAUUUGGGCAUGCGUUGUAAAAAGUGGGGAUAUUGGUGCAGGGUGUUACAAAGACACCGACCAUGAUUGCAAUCACAAUACGACAAUGACUGAGGCAGAAGCAAAAUACCUGUGCAUUGAUGAAUUUGAGUUUAGAGACUUGAGAUGUCCUAGACUCUCUGGUGAAGGUUGUGACAAGCCUGUUGAUGCCGAUUGCACAACGACUCCUGAACCCACAACCACGGUGACAACUACAUUCCCUACUACUUCGAUGAAGAAAUCGAAUUCAAAAUUGGAUGUGGCCACGUCAGCUCCGGUGGAACAAACUUCUCUUCAAAGUCAUCAGUCUUCGAUCAUCUCGCUGUCAAUUGGAAUUGUCUCCGCAUUUGUCAUUUUUACUGCUUACUAGAACUCACAACACUUUGAAAACCAAUGAAGUUUUAGAAAAAAUGGAAAUAUAUAA